AUGAGAACUCUGGUUACUGAGCUGAUUGAGCCUUCUAUUCAGCGAAUAGGAAAAGAGAAAGAAACUAUCGAAAAAAUAUUGACAAAACAGAAAGAUACAAGAAAAAGAUUGGCUCCAUGUCAAAUGACUGCGGAAAUUUGAUAGUGCAACAUCUCAUAGGGUAGAAUUUGUUUGAAUCAUUUUUGAUAGUGAGACAUUUGACCGAAAAAACUGUUAAAUUUCGACCAAACGGGUACACUAAUUUAAAAAUUUUCAACCAAAAGUACUUCGGUGAAAUGGACACUAUCAAAAAGGCACUAUCAUUGGUAGUGCGCCCAAAAAGAUUGAAAACUGCAGAGUCUUUAUUUGGUUCUGGAGAGCACAAGAGUGGGUGGAUGAUGACUAUUGAAACUCAAAUUCGCUAUUUAGUAGAGAAUUUCGCAGACCAUAAAGAAGAAAUCAAAAACGCUUUAAGUCUCUCAAAAAGGCAAUUUGAUGAUUUGAUUAUUCAAUUUAAAACUGUCAAAAACAGCUUUGCUGAAUUAGAUGUCAAAGUUAAGGAAAAUAACGAAACAAUUUCAGCAUUGGACAGCAAAUUAGACUCGAAUUAUAAAACUCUUACUGAAUAUUUAGAUGCUAGUAAGCAAGAUCUGAAAGAAACAUACGAUAAUAUGAUGGCUGCAACUAUGAGGUCUCAAAAAACUGCAGAAAGUGCAAGCACAAGAGUCAGCGAUAUUCAUUCUCGUAUAAAUGAUUUGUCAACUUAUCAAGAAAAGCUUUCUUCUGCACAAAGAGAGUUUGCUAUCCAGAUUCAAAAAAUCCAGCAAGAAAAAUGCUCCGUCGAGCAACUAUUAACGGAAACGCAUAAGCAUUCGUCAAGAAUCGAAGAAGCUUAUACAGUGAAUAGACGCUUGGAAGAUCAAUUUAUUGAGCUUAUUCGCUAUAUUGAUAUUUAUUUGCCAGACGAAGUUCAGAUUUCAGUUUCAGAUAAUCUUUAUACCUUCUUAGACGACGUUCAAAUGAUUAAAUGAAUCCAGUUUGAGGAAGAGCGUAGGAAGGAUAUAACUCCUUCUCCAUGAGCAAACAAAAAAAUUUUUUCCCGAAAUUUAAUAAAUCCCAAUUCGCGAAAAUUGAAAAGCGAAAAUUAAUUUAAUUUGCAAAAUUUAUGUUUCAAAUGCAAGGUGUUUAAAAUCCAACAAUUAGCUAGUGAUUUCAUUAUAUUAAUUAUCAUUUCUAUAUCCAAAUAUUAUUUCAUCAUAAAAAAUUUUAUUGCACAAGAGGGAAAAAAAUAAGGGUCUUCCAAUUGUUUGUUCGCUCAAAGAGAGAGGAUAGAGUAAGGAAAAAAGCCACAGAUUUUGACAAUCAUAGCAAUUUGAGAGGAAUAAUGAGAAAAGCUGUUGAAAAUGCCAAAAGAUCGGACACCAGAACUGAGGAAAUUCGAUAUGGGCUGCUAAAACUAAGACAUCAGACAAUAGAAGAACAAAAGCCAAAAGAAGAAGAAAUUAAGCAGCCGAAAGAGAUUUUUAAAAGAUCACAGCCAAAAAAUGAAGAACCUUCUAAAGAAGAUAUGAAAACAGUCAAAAAAUUUUUCCUUGAUGAUGACACAUGAAGAAAAGCAAUUUCAGAUGAGAUAAAACUAAUGAGAGAACUGAUUUCACAUGAGCAGCUUAAAAUCGAAACUUCAAGCAAAGAAAUUGUGAAUAUCAAAAUUGAGAUGAAAGCGAAGUUCGAUGAAAUGAAAAUUGAUAUUGAAGUAAUGCAAAAUGAGUACGUUGAUCUAGAUAAAAGAAUUAAAUCAGCUGAUCUUAUUGUGGAGAAAGGCAAUGCAGAGCUUCGAAAUAAAGUGAAUUCUGUUAAUGAGCAGUUAAAAGAGCUCGGAAAAAUAAUCCCUAAUUUAGUAGAAUUCGACUUGAUGGCCUGCUCUGCGCUUUUGUAUAGCAAUGAAGAUGAAGGAAUAAACAGCAAAGAAAUCUCUCCAAAAAAUAAAGAAACUAGAGAGAGCACAAUAAAUUUACCAUCAAUUAGCUCAAAAAGAUCCUCAUACCUAGAGGUAGAGGGCUUAAAACCUAGCUCUCAACUGCCGAAGCUAGAUAUAACAAAAUUAAUAGCAGGCUAUUUUAGCUCAGCCCAAUGCAAAUUUGAGAAUACAAUUUAUUCUCGAAAAUCACUUAUAGAUAAAAUGGAAAAUUUGAUUAGGCCUAUAUGAUUCUCAAUUUUCUCACAGAUACCAGAAAUGAUUGCCAAAAAGCAUUUUAAAAAAGGGAAUAAAUCAAAGCACAGACAAAAUUUAAGCUUUUCUGUUAGCAAAGAUGCUGAUAAUGUUUAA